UGGCGACUGAGAAAAGGCCGGAACCGGAACUCAUGCGGUGUGGAUUUAGGGGGCGGGGCAAGGGACACGGCUAGGGGAAAUGACGUUGAGGGCGGAGCAAUAUCUUCGGAGCGGAUUGGUCGGAGACGGAGCUGGGAAUUGUCAGUGGUUCUGGGUUUGUGCGCGGUGCUUGUUGGUCUUUUGGACCGUGGUGUUUUAGUUAAUUUUGUGUUUAGCUCGAAUUAUAUUCUUGCUCCUGACAAUUUUUGUGCUCCAGGAGAUGAUGGCUACCCUGUGCAGAAACGUUAAUCGAUUAACGAACUUAAUGGAACAGUUUUUGAUUCCACUGUCAUGGCCUGGAUUUGUACGAUUGAAGUUUACCAAGGCUCGCAUUCCCAAAAAGAUGUUUGAAGUUUCACCAUCGGAUCAUGCAAGAUAUGGUGGUGAUCCGGACUGUCCACACCAACUGCACAUCAUUACCAGAAUAAAAUGUACAAAACGACGUCCAUAUUGGGAAAAAAAGAUUGUCCAUGAUCUCGGGUUAGACAAGUCACAUCAGCCACGGAUCCAUAAGAAUGUUCCAUCUAUUAAUAAUAAACUAAAAAUCAUCAAGCAUCUUAUAAGAGUGCAACCCCUGAAAUUGCCACAGGGACUUCCAACAGAGCAAGAACUAGCUGACAGUUACCUGAAGAGCACUGGGGAAUUAAUAAUAAGACGCCACCUGCAACCAUUGGAAUAAAAACACCACUAGAUCUGAAGCUGCUGUUUAUGUCUUACUUGUAUGUGAAAUAAAUAUUCAAAGUUAUGUUUCCAUAAA